CAGAGUAAUGCAAAACGAUGCUUUUCGUUUAAAGAGUACAUUAACAAGACUGUGCAACAGUUAAAAUGUCUUCGGUUAUUCGGAAUCUCAGGAAUGUUUUUGAAAGAGAAACUGAAGAUAUCAGUUUAAGGAGCCGCGUUGUCGUAUAUUGUUCGGGUUGCAUGUUCGCUAUCGGAUGGUGGUUGAUAUUUGAUGUCGCAGUGGUCUAUUCGUCGCAAGGAGAUUUUCCGCAUCCUUACCAUGCAAUUGGCGUAGUAGCCACUGUUGCAUUUAUCAUGAUUGUAGCGACACCCAUUAGUGAUGACUACGACGGAGGAUUGUUUAAUUCACCAGCAACCUCCAGAUUUAUAAUUUUUACUGGUUUCAUGAUUGGUUUCUCGUGUGUAAUUGCAGCGGUCUGGAUUAUGUUCCAGGACUACGUUAAAUUUAAAGGACACCUUUCUGCCUGGCCGGGAGUAGCUUUAUUUUUGCAAAACCUGUUAAUAUUCAGCAGCGCUGUUAUUUGGAAAAUUGGAAGGAGAGAUAACGAUUACUUGGCUUUGUAAUAUAACCAGCAUUUCCCCAUUCUUUAUGGUAAUGAUAGCUAAGUUAUUUUUCAUUGAGUUUUAUUUACUAUGGAUAUAAAACUCUUGUUUCACCACGAUCACACAAGACACUUGCAUAGUCUGUACAAAUUCAAUGCAUACGGCGUUGCAACAGUUUAACAAUAUCUUGGCAUCGCUCAGGCACAAAGUGACCUUUUCAGUCGUCUGAUAAAAAAAUUCCAUAAAGUUCAUCGGUAUUCACCACUUGGCGUCGUAUCGCUCGUUUCGGGAUUACUUCCGCUUGCCCCACUCGCCGGCAUUGAAUUCAGACCGUAUUUCUCGUUGGCGAGACGCUCGGCUUGCUGCGCUGCACCGGUCUUUGCGCGUUGGGCAUCCACCCAGUCGAGUCCUUUGGUUUCGAUCAGCCGGUCUAUUGCCGCCGCGGCAAAUCCCGCCAGAGCACUUUUAAUCAAGGAAUGAUUGACCGGUUGACCGGUCUGUUUUGCUUGAUGGCGUUCAUAUGCUCGCAUGGCUUCCCAUCCCGCGGCCGCUGCGAUUAAUUCGUGCGUCCAAGAAUUUUUGUGCUGCUGGGGAUUGUUUUCAUUGAACACCGUUUCAUGGGCUUCCUGGGCUUUGGACGAUGAGAACAGGUUUGUAAACCAGUUAGCUUCUC